AUUUUUUGUAUAAUUUUAGGUUAAGAUUGAAAGCAAUGUAAGUUAAUCUGAGAACUGUCAAAAUUAAAUAAUUCAAAAGGAUCUAGAUAAUUUAUUUAUGUAAAAAUAGGAAUAUAUAUACAUAAUGUACGACUCCGACCCUUUUUCCUAUGACAUUAAUAUUUCCAUUGGUUCCUGUAAUAAUGGGACGGGGUCAGUGAAUUUGGCUUUUUAUAAAGUGACUAAUAAGCCGGUAGUGAUAAAAAAGUUUUAUUUAGAUAAUACUGAACAAGAAGAAUACAAUCUUAUUGAACAGGAAAUUGUAAAAAUGCGACACAUGCAACAUCCAAAUAUCUUACCAUAUCUAAGUGCUUUUAUAGUUGAACAAUCAUUAUGUGUUGUCUCUCCUCUUAUGGCGUAUGGAUCUUGUAGCAGUUUGAUCGAUGAAUAUUUUACUGAAGGACUUCCAGAAUUAGUGAUAGCAUUUGUUUUAAGAGAUGUUUUACAAGGACUUGAAUACAUUCACAAACGAGGAUUGAUACACAGAGCAAUUAAAGCAAGUCAUAUACUCAUAUCAAUUUUGGGUCAAGCUUGCAUAUCAGGAUUAAGAUAUUCAUGUGAAACAACGGAAAGUGGUAUAUGGCAAAAAAAUGUUUUUUCCUUCCCAAAGUCAAUUGCACCAAAUUUAAAGUGGCUUAGUCCUGAACUAUUGAAACAGGAUCUUCGUGGAUAUAAUGAAAAAUCAGAUAUCUAUAGUAUUGGUAUGACAAUUUGUGAACUUGCAAACGGAAUUGUCCCAUUUUACGAUAUGCCAGAAACUUUAAUGUUAACAGAAAAAGUCCAAGGAUGCGCUCCACACAUAAUUGAUCGAUCAACAUUUCCUCAAGACACCGACCAAAUAAAACAAUCAAAUGGCAAUGCUAGCAAUAGUAGUUUGAACGUAAUCGACAAGCGCAUCGAGUCUUUAUCAACAAGAAAAUUUUCAGAACCUUUUCAUUCAAUCACAGAAGUGUGUUUGCAACGCGAUCCUGGUAAUCGACCGUCAGCCACUCAACUUAUUUCGCAUCCUUUUUUUAAGCAAUGCAGAAAAACGGAUGAAACAUUAAUUGAUAUCCUUAAAAUUGUCACGCCAAUUCAUCAGAGAAAAAUCGAAUAUGCUGGAGAUCAUCAAAUGACAAUUUCAACCGAGCAAUUUUGUAACUUGAAUUUAGAAACCUACCAAUGGGAUUUCGAAAAUACCUGAAUAAAUUUUAAUGUUUUCAUUUAUUAUUAUUAUUAUCCUUUUAAUGAAAUUCGUAUUUUAAUGAAAUAUUUAAUUGAAUGUAUAAUUUUAAAUUGUUACAUGUUACGUAUUUUAUUGAGACUGAAUGUUAUUUCGAAUUUUUACCUAAAAAUCUAAGUAACCGUACU